GGGAUUGUUUGUGUUCUACAAUCCCAGAAAAGAGUAAAACUAAAAACCCACUAGACACCUGCAUUGGCAGUUCCACCAGAUUCCGUUACGUAUGUAUUGAUGGUUACGUCAGGAAAGCUGGAACCUCAAAUCUCCUCAAGUGUGAAAAUGGGAAGUGGAUCAACCCAACCCUCGAGUGCAUACUUCAUCCUUCACGCAACACAGAACCAACACCCAGUUCUGGAGCACCUUGGACCACAGCUAAACCAAGUACCACAACUCUGUUACCAAAUAGAUCUGAAACUUCCACCGGCCUUCAAAAUAAAAAUAGCUCAGAGUCUACUAGUGGAGGAGAMAAGAAACCAGGUACACCAGAGACUAAGGAAUCGACCACAGCACACUCAACAGUCUCUACUAUUGAGAUCAUCCCUACCCAAAUGGAUAAACAUACGAUGGUCACGGGAGUAGGCAUCGGUGUUACUGUGGUGAUCUUGACCGGUUCUACGAUCUGCCUCAUCCUCUUCUACAUAUGUCGAAGGAGAAAACAUCAUAUCCCAAUAUCGUCGGAAGCAGAAAUGGAACCAAUGAAUGGCGUAWCGGCAAAGGUGCCCUAGAAGUCAAACUCAAGAACUUUCUGCUUUACCAAAGACCAGAGGUGUAGGAGGACCUGUGGCCACUUUGAUGUCACCCACAGGUGUUUACAGCGGAUAAAAUAAGUAUUGAACACGUCACCAGUUUUUUUUUGGGCCACCCACGUCAAAGUUAUUUUUACGACAGAAAGGUUUCAUUUCUUAUUACUUAAUAAACAUACGAGAUAUAUUUAAGCACUGCAUAUAUUCAGCUGAAUGUUAAAACUGUAUAUGGAAAAAAUACAAAUAGCUUGUGUAGAUAUUUUGAAUAACUAUGAGGAUAAACUUUUAAAAGUAGCAUAUUGUUCAUUUCCUUACAWACCAUGUAAGGAACACACAAAGGUCCAUAUAGCAUAUUGUUCCUUACACACACAAAGGUCUUUGGUGAUCUGUUAGUACUCAGUSUAUGUGUUGGGGAUGCCCUUCAGCUACUAUUAUAGCAAAUUUUAGCUCAGUAUGCGCAAGAAUGUUUGAGUUAUUGUUAUUUUUGUGUUUGAGGCAGCCAUCUUGAAUCACUCCAGCAGCUAAUUGGUUGAAAAUGUACAUCCAAUGAUUGCUUUUUGAGAGUUCCAUUAAAAUCCUUGUGGUUAAUGUGAUGUUUUGCUAACAGACAGACAUGGGCAAUUAAAAAAACAAAUGAUCUGAAGUGUAAAAACAGACUCAUAAUUACACAGAACUACCUGGUGAGAAUGUAGAAACAAUGUGAAAGCACAGGUUUAGAAGAACAUUUUUGUCCUAAAUAUGCUUUUACAGAAAAAUUGURAAAAGUUUGUGAUGUUCUUAUUUUAAUCUACAAUGUGUCAUUUGAUAUGUUUGCAUGUACAGAAAUGCAUGAAAAGAAUGUAAAUGCUGGCGAUUCUCUAGCUAGCACCUGGUGCUAAAGCUUAAGCUUGUUUAUCCUUUAAGUCAUUGUGAUUAUGUUUUUUUUUUUUUUUGGUAGUCCAUAUUUUAAAAAAAUCUAAACAAACAGUCCAAUAUUAUAUAUCGAAUAAAUAUAUAGAUUGUUUUUCUCACCAGCAUUUGGUAAAAUUGUGCUUUAAAGGCCCACAGCUGUCCAUACAUUUUUUUAAAUAUCAAAGAACACAACCUAUUUCUCUUUAUUAUGUUUUAUUACCAUGAGCAAACUUCUGCUUUUAUGUUAAGCCAGAUUAUAAUACAUAUGUCUGCUGGCUUUAAAAGUCACAGCUAAAUGAAUUAAUGAGGAACAUCAUCUGACCUUUUGAAGUAAAUCCUUCCGCUGUUUGAAUAAACUGGAAUUUUUCUUUUUAACUUGCAAAAAAUGUCAUGUUUCAUGAGAAGGCAACUGAACUCACUGUAGCAAAAAAUAUAAACUAGKUUAUUAAAU